AUGAUCAUGCAGCAGAGGUGGCUGACUUUGGCUGUGGCAUGCAUCUGUAUUUGCAUCUCCGACCAGUCUUUUCCUCAGAAGAGACGAUGUGCAUUCCAAGUGACUGCCCAGAACCAAGAAUACACAGCUGUUGGUAAUGUGAGUGGGUCGGUGCAGCUAUGUGAGAAAACCCAAUGCUGCGUGGGCUAUUUUCUAAAUGUUGAUGGCCGGCCGGUGGUGGACGUUCUCGCUUGUGAUAUAGCUGAAAAGUCUUGCCCAGAUGCCACCUGCAAGACACAAACACGCUUCAAUGGUCAGGUCCUUGUGUGUGUGUGCAACACAGACCUCUGCAAUAGCAAUAGCAACAUCACUUGGACCCUAGAGUUGGAAGAUCCUCAACCCUCGUAUUUUGUAGAUCAAAAGAAAGCUACUGCAAUAAGUCUGGCUUUACUAGUCCUGAGCAUCCUGCUGAUCAUUGCAGCCAAAUGGAGAUGCCUAUUUAAGAAGAAAAAGGAUAAACCUAAACUGUGUUCCUGCCAAACAACUGAACCCUCUGAGUUUCACAUUGAUGACAUUGAACUACAGCAGAUUGUGGGCCAUGGGCAUUUUGCAACUGUUUGGCAGGGGAAAUACAAAGGAUCCACUGUGGCAGUCAAAGUUUUCCCUGUAGGCUGGAAACAGAAAUUUACUGCAGAGAAGGAGGUCUAUGAGCUACCACUGAUGAAUCAUGCUGGGAUUGUCCGCUUUCUGGGCUCUGGGAGUAAACCGGAUGGACGCAGUUGCCUCAUUGUCCUGCAAUUUGCUGAAUGUGUGAGUGGUGUGCAUAAACCUCCUGUGGCCCACAGAGAUUUCAGCAGCUCCAACGUGCUUGUGAGAGCCGAUGGUACCUGUGUGCUGUGUGAUUUUGGAUGCUCAACCAUCCUGCGUUCGUGUUCGGGAAAUCACAGCUGGCAGAGCCACAUAACAAACAUGGAGGGUCAUGCUCAGUUGGGCACACUGCGCUACAUGCCCCCUGAGAUCCUGGAAGGCUCUGUAAACCUGAGCAGCAGCAGGUGUCUCAUGCAGGGAGACAUCUAUGCUCUGGGACUGCUGCUGUGGGAGAUCUGGAUGCGCUGCUCUGAUUUAUUUGAAGGCGGUGUUGCUCCACAACAUCUGUUGCCUUAUGAAUCUGAGCUGGGAGCCAAUGCAACACGGGACAGCCUCAUCCAGUACGUGUUUCAGUUGGAAAAGAGACCCGCCAUACCUAAACACUGGGAACUGCUCCCACAGGGAUCUGUGCUGCAGGAGCUCCUGACAGAUUGUUGGGACUGUGAUGCGGAUGCUCGACUGACUGUUGAGUGUGCUGUGGACAGAUUAUUGUCUUUUCAGUCUUGUUACUUUCCAUAA